AUGCCAAAAGAAGCUUUUCGGAUGUGGUUUGCUAAACAAAAUUCGUUUACGGCUGCCGAAAGAAGUUCCAAAAGUUUCCCGCGGGACGUGGACCGGAAAUCCUAUCUGACCAUAUCAUCAUCAUCAUCAUCAUCAAGAUUAAACAUCGAACGGGUAAUUUUCCAAGUUUCUCGUACGGUAUUUCCAAUAACCUCGGCCGAGGGAAACUAG